AAUGAAGAAUGGUUAAUUCAUCGAAUUAGUCGAGUUUCUUUGUGUGACAAUAUGAACAGAGUGAAUAUGGCAUGGUAUAGUGAGUAAACUCGGUCGUAUCUCAUCGACUUUUAAUUGCUCGAAAAAUCCAAAAAACUUAGUAAAAAGGAAAUUUUAUGGAUUAAUCAAAUCAAUCUGGCAAUGUAAAUUUUCAUCUGUAUACAACAAACAUAUGACAGACGAAUUGCUUUAUUAAUUCACUGAAACGCGGGUAACUGGUAAAUUGUUAGAAGUAAACUUUGAUCUGACAACUUUUCAUUAAAAUGACCACAAGUAAACUUUGAACUGAAAACUUUUCAUUAAAAUGACUACAAGUAAACUUUGAACUGAUAACUUUUCAUUAAAGUAAGGAAAAUACUGAGAUCAUCAUUGACAUGCGGCAACUUGAGGGAUGACCAGCGGGCCUAUAACGUUGCCGGCGAUCCGGCACCGCGAGAAGAAAGCGCCCGUCAAGAAAGAGCCUGUCGCCAUGGAUCUCGAGGCCAUCAGAUUGCGUAGGGAGCGCCUGGCUGCUCUGACGACCGCUAAGCGCACCGGAGGUGCGGCCGACCUGAGCGCGGCGAGAACGCGGCCCCCGGCGGCGCCUUCGAGUGCGAGCAAAAUACGCAAGAAACAUCAUGGCGACCCGCAGCCUGACUCCGGCAAAUCCAAGAAGACAGUCAGACUCAUGCCUAUUGGUAACCGGCGAAGCGAUCCUCAGGGAAACGAACUCGACCGUCAAAGAGCCGCCGAUCCUCUGCUCAAGAAGCCAAGCCUCAAGAAACCCGAGAGUAAAAAAGCGUCUCCGAAGACGAACAGCAAAGAAAAUAAGCCAGUCAAGAAAGUUAGCAUACAAGCUAAAAAGAAGCCACCAAAAGCAGUAAUUGAUAGAAAAGAGUUUAUAACUCCAGCGAUUCACGACAUGAGGGCGUUUUCUGACGACCGUCGUUUCGACUACAGGGAGCCAGCAGAAUAUUACGACCCCAAACCCUACGAUGAUCUGCCCGAAGAGGAGCUAGUGUUGCCGUCCUAUCCUCUUGAAGAACCAGCCGAAGAAGUUGAAGUUCCAGGCGAGGAGCCCGAGCCUGAAGAAGAACCUCUAAAAGAACAGGAGGAGCAAGCGAAAGUUGAGCCUCCCAACGUAGAAGAAGAAGAUGACGAUCCUGAAUUGAAAAUGAAACUUGAGCGGAGAACAGCCAUGCGUUUGCUGAACAGCCUGGAGGAGAAGGACCAACUUGAAGGCGCCACGACAGCGCGGCGUCAUCUCUCAGUGAGCGUGGACCCGCCCAUCGCUGAGUACAUCAACGCCAACGCCGUCCCUCUCCUCAUAUCGCUGCUCAAUAAACAUCAUAACCCGCAGCUUCAGUUUGAGGCGCUGUGGGCGCUCACGAACAUCGCGUCAGGCUCCAGUGAUCAGACACGCACGGUUGUUGAGGCAGGAGGGCUGCCUCCGAUAGCGCGGCUGCUGUCGUCCGCGGACCCGGAAAUCGUGGACCAGGCCGUGUGGGCCAUCGGCAACAUCGCCGGCGAUGGACCCGCCAUGCGGGACGCUGUCCUCAGGGUCAGGAUUGUCCAGCUCCUCGAUGACGCCAAGAAGAAACUUUCAUCAGUGAGCCACGGAGAAAAUUAG